AAAGUCUCUCUCUCUCCCAUAUACCUUCUAACUUCUCCGACAACCCCCAGUUCACAGACCGCCGCCGGAAAAAGGAGAGGCGACUUAGAUUCACGCAAUGGCAUCAUUUCACUCUACCCUCACAUACUGGUUCGUAAACCACCCCAACAUCGCCAAUUUCACGUGGAGGGAAGGUGAGACUCUUGGCUCCACCAUCUUCUUCGUGUCUGUUGUAGUCUCAGUCUAUCUCUCCUCCACGUUAAUACUCCGAUCUGCCAUCGGUUCACUCCCCGCGCUAGGUCCCAGAAUUCUCAAACCAAUCACUGCUCUCCACAGCCUCAUCCUCUGCAUUCUCUCUUUAAUCAUGGCUGUUGGUUGCACUCUCUCUAUCACCACAGAUCCGACAGCAAGUUUGUUCAACGCGAUCUGUUUCCCUGUCGAUGCGAAACCCAGCGGACCGCUUUUCUUCUGGGCACAAGUCUUCUAUCUCUCGAAGAUACUCGAGUUCGGAGACACAAUCCUCAUCAUACUCGGAAAAUCAGUCCAACGGUUGUCCUUCCUCCACGUGUACCACCACGCGACAGUUGUGGUCAUGUGCUUCCUCUGGCUCCGAACCCGACAGUCAAUGUUUCCCAUUGCCCUUGUGACGAACUCGACUGUCCAUGUAAUCAUGUACGGUUAUUACUUCCUAUGUGCUUUAGGAUCGAGACCUAAGUGGAAGAGGUUGGUGACGGAUUGUCAGAUCGUGCAGUUUGUUUUCAGCUUCGGGUUAUCCGGUUGGAUGCUCCGAGAGCAUUUGUUCGGGUCGGGUUGCUCCGGGAUUUGGGGAUGGUGUUUCAACGCUGCCUUUAAUGUUUCUCUUUUGGCUCUCUUCUUCGACUUCCAUUCCAAGAACUAUGCUAAAAAGACUAGCAGACAAGGAGACCGCAAAAGCGAUUAGUUUAGUGGUGUCUUGUCUUUCCAUUGUUUGAAAUUGUUUUAUGAAUAAGAUGUGCCAUAAGUCAUGAAAUGGAUUUGUUUUUCUGAUUCAUAGUUUGUAUGGAUCUUCUCUUUCUUUUAAGAAUUGAACACUGAUAUUAGCC